AUGGAAAACAUUGGGUUUCAAGUGAUUGUUGAUGAAAUUUUCACAAGGCUCUCUGUAGAAGAUAUUGGUCGUUUGAAAUGUCUUUCCAAGAAUUUUUAUAGGGAAUUGUCAAGUCAUGGAUUUCAGAUGAUGCAUGGUCUCCGAAGUGGAGAUUCACUACAAAAGAAACUACUCUCCUUUAAAGACACGUCAAUUGUCGUUGACGACGUAGUUGCUGGUAAUUUGGAUGUUGUUAGAAGCAAAACCUUAAGUUUUCCUAACAAUGUCCACCCUACCUUCUUACGUAUUCUAUCGUCAUUUAAUGGAUUGUUGUUAGUUUGCAAUGAAGGGAUUUGCUGUGAGCUGAUUCUUUGGAAUCCAACUACCAGGCGCUAUAAAGUUUUGUCUGGCGACUACUUAAAUUACAAUCAUGAUCAAAACUCUGAUACUAGUGGAAUUUAUUUUGAUCAAUUCAAUGAUCUGAAAGUGCUGAACAUCAGAUGUUACCGUAAUGUAGCUACUGCUCGUGUUUACUCACCACGUCGUGAGUCAUGGAGAACAAUAAAUUUUGUUAGCGUAAAUAAUUAUGGUUCAAGCGGUUAUUCAUGGUCUACAGGAGUUUAUGCUGAUACGACCAUAUAUUUCAUGGUUUCAAAUUAUUGGUAUCCACUAGGUGAGAGGAACAUCAUUGCUUUUGAUGUUCUUUCUGAGACUUUUAGAAUGCUUCGUUUUCCAGAGAGUAUCGUAGUCAAUCCUUGCCAAGGGCAUUUUUUGACCAUCGCAAAGAGGCUGCAUUUGAUUGUUAUUAGAAAGUCUGCGGAGCUAACUGCUGAUUUGCUCAGAUAUGAAGAAGAAGGCUGGAUGAAGGUGUUUGCUUUCAAUAAUCCUUGUGUAGUUGAUUAUAUAGAUAGGCGCCGAAGGACUAAUAUAAUUGAAAACAACAAGUGGCUGAUAACAAGCAUCUGGGAGGAUAUGGUUGAAGUUGAUCUGAGCAACGAACUUCUGAAAUACCUCCAACAUGUUGAAGUUGAAGUUGUGGAGAUAUGGUUGAAGUUGAUUUGUGCAAUGAACUUUUGA